GCAGUCUCCGCCUGCCAACGCCUCAGCCGGCCGGGCUGAGACUAAAACCCACGCCUGUAGCUCCGGCGGCCGCAGCGGGUGCUCCGAGUCUGGAGCGGCCUGGGCGCCUCUGCGCAGGCGGGACAAGCCGGAGCCCGGCCGGGCACAGGCUGCGUGGAGCCCGCCUGCCCCGCGCCCCCUGGAGCGGCAGGAAUGUGACCUAGGAGCGCCAGUGCCCUGGAGCACCCCUCGCGUGGCUCCCAGGGCUCUGGCUAAGCCCGGUUAGGCUAAGAGGAUUCGAUUCUGAGCUGCGAUCCCUGCACACCCCACUGGGGCACCCGGGCACACCCAGGUAUUAGAAGGCUCUUUUCAUGAGGUAGUACUUUGAAAUCUGACUCUGCAUAGAGAAUGGGUCUGGGAAGCCUGGAGGUCAUCUUCAAAAUCUCCAGUGGAGGACAUAGAGGCAAUGCUCAUAAAUGAAGCUCUGUGGUUCCCUAAAGAAUAGCAGAGGUGCAGGAUAUACUCCAAGGGUUGGUUGUGCAUGAGGACCAGGACAGACUGAAAACCCGUGGGUGAGAGGUAUCCACAGAGGAACGUCUGUCCACCUGCAAUCAGACUCUGCAGAAGGAACAUCUCGAUAGUGAGCAGGGCAUCAUGGGACCAUUGGAGUGGGACAGCCAUAGCAAAAGGAAGACAAAACCCCUAAAGAUGGUGACUCCCUUCUGAGAAGCAGGACCACUUCAUAUAGGAAAAGGCCUUCUCCUCUGAGGAGACUAUGAGAGUGCUACUCGGGCUUGUUUGUUUCAUUGCUCCACUGAUUUCAUCGGCAGCUGUUGAAUGUGAGGAACAGCCAAAUAAAAUAAUUUUAUUUUCAUCUGCAAAUGAAAUUGAUAUUCGUGAUUGUCCCCUCAGUCCAAAUGAAAAAAAAGGUACUAUACUUUGGUAUAAAAAUGACAGCAAGACACUUAUAUCAAUGGAACAAGAUUCCAGGAUUCAUCAGCAGAAUCAAAAUCUUUGGUUUGUUCCUGCUAAGGUGGAGGACUCAGGACAUUACUAUUGUGUAGUAAGAAAUUCAACUUACUGCCUCAAAACUAAAAUAACUGUAAAGGUUUUAGAGAAUGAUCCAGGCUUGUGUUUUAAUACACAAACCACAUUUAUACAAAGACUACACAUUGGAGGAGAUGGAAGUCUUGUGUGCCCUUAUUUGGAUUUUUUUAAAGAUGAAUAUAAUGAGUUGCCCAAAGUUCAGUGGUAUAAGGAUUGUAAACCUCUACUUCUCGACAACAGAAUCUUCUUUGGAGUCUCAAAUAAACUGAUUCUGAGGAAUGUGGCUGAAGAUCACAGAGGGAACUAUACCUGCCAUGUUUCCUACAUAUACUCGGGGAAGCACUACCCAGUUACUCGUGUAAUAGAAUUUAUCACACUAGAUGAAAUUAAGCCAGAUAGACCUGUGAUUGUGAGCCCAGCAAAUGAGACAGUGGAAGUGGAACCAGGAUCCAUGAUACAAUUGAUCUGUAAUGUCACGGGCCAGCUCACCGACCUUGUUUACUGGAAAUGGAAUGGAUCAGAAAUCGAAGAGGAUGACCCACUGUUGGUGGAAGACUAUCAGCAAAUGGGGAAUCUUGCAGCCAAAAGAAAGUAUACACACAUCACAACACUUAAUAUUUCGGAGGUCAAAAGUCACUUUUAUCAGUAUCCAUUUACCUGUUUUGUCAGGACUUCAAAUACAUUCGAUGCAGCUUAUAUCCAAUUAAUAUAUCCAAUCCCUGAUUUCAAGAAUUACCUGAUUGGGACCUUUGUCAUCUUAACAGCUGUAAUUAUAUGCUGUGUUUUCAUCUGUAAAAUCUUCAAGGUGGACAUUGUGCUUUGGUACAGGGAUUCUUGCUCUGAUUUUCUCCCUCCUAAAGCUUCAGAUGGAAAGACCUAUGACGCAUAUAUUCUAUAUCCAAAGACCUUCAGGGAAGGAGCCACCUCAAACCUAGAUAUUUUUGUAUUUAAGCUCUUGCCUGAAGUCUUGGAGGACCAGUUUGGAUAUAAGCUGUUCAUCUACGGAAGAGAUGACUAUGUUGGAGAAGACUCUGUCAACGUCACUAAUGAAAACGUAAAGAAAAGCAGAAGGCUGAUUGUUGUUUUAAUGAGAGAGAUGGGUGGCUUCAGCUGGCUGGGCCACUCAUCUGAAGAGCAAAUAGCGAUGUAUAAUGCUCUCAUUCAGGAUGGAAUCAAAGUUGUCCUGCUUGAGCUGGAGAAAAUCCAAGACUAUGAGAAAAUGCCAGAAUCUAUCAAAUUCAUUAAACAGAAACAUGGGGCCAUUCGUUGGUCAGGGGAUUUUAAAGAGAGACCACAGUCUGCAAAGACCAGGUUCUGGAAAAAUGUAAGGUACCACAUGCCAGCCCAACGGCCGUCUCCUUCAUCCAAGCAUCAAAUAUUACCCCCAGAUCCUCAGCCAGACACUAAGGAGAAACUGCAGAAUGAGGUUCACUUGCCUCUUGGCUAGCACAGCAAAUCCGUCCAGUGCUGUUUGAUGUGUCUUGUCCUAUGACAUUGUGGGCUAGGCUGUGCCUCCCACUGACUUGUACAGUCAUAGAAUGUACCUGUAUAAUCCCUUAUCACCAGGCCACCUGGAAUCAGAUUGUUAAGGGAGCAGGACUUGGUGACAGUAGCAGGCCGGAACAGUUCAAGGCAGAGGGCUUGGGAAGCCCCUGGGCAACGGCUGCUCUCUGAAUGCUUAGCUAACUGCUGAGACAGUGAACUGGAAAGAAGCUUGCAGGAAAUGGCCACCGUCUAUGGGUGGUUGUAUUAAAUUCUGUGCAGCCUGACAGUGGGAUUACAUUUGUCUUUGAGAACGCUUAGGGGCCGUUGGCCCAGAAGUGGCUCUCCUGAGCAGUGCUACAGGGGACAUGUACUGACACCCCACAGAGGAAGGCAGAAUUUCCAUUUGGCUUGUAUUUUCCACACACCAGAACUUAGUUUCCAAAGACAGAACUGGAUUGUAUAGACCUUGGAAACUGUCGUUUCAGAAAGAAAGGAUGCCCUGACAUGCCACCAUCACGGUCACCUUAGCUUUCUGCAGAGGAGAACGAAUCUUGAAAUAGCAGUAGUAGGAAGCCACCUACCAGCUUUGCCUACUCAUACCUCCUCUCUGGAAUGACUAGCCUUCCUUACUCUUCUGCAUUUCCCUGGGCGUAUUGCUUCUUUGGAAGGACAGCUUUGCGGCACUUCCCUUCUCCAUCCCGCUGCAAGCACAGCCUGCAGAUUCACCGUCCUUAAGAUGCUGCUUUUAU